CCCACCCGUCUGGCUGCUGGCCGCCCCCGCGCGCAUCUCUCCGGAGGCCCGACGUUGCGAGCAAAAAUGCGCUGAAUCGUUCGGCGGUUUUGGGGCAAGAGCCCGGGCGAAAACGCCCAGUGUGCAAAAGUUGCACGGCGCGGAUCUCAGGGCCAGCGCGACUCCGUGACCGACGAGAUGGCGUGCAUGAGCUUCCUCGGGUGCCACUCCGGGCUCUUCUCCUCCGCCCUCCCCAGCGCCGCGGCCAAGCAUCGGAGCAGCCCGAGGAGCAGGCGGAGGGCCAGCGCCCCGCCGCCGCCGGCGAGGCCCAGCCCCUCGCGGAGCCCGCGGAGGCAGCCGCCGAGGGCGCGGCGGACGUGGGCGCGCCCGCGCAGGAGGCGCCCACCAAGGCCAGGGGCGUGGCCGGGUGCUUCCCCACGGCGUCCUCCCGUUCGGGCAAGCUGGACGAGCCGCAGGCCUCCGCCGAUGCCGACGGCACGCCGUCCACCGCCGCCGACGCUGACCCAGAGGAUCUGACCGGUGCCGGCGGAGCCGGCGCCCGCCGAGGAGCCCGCGGCGCCGGCGCACUUCGAGGGCUCGGACGCCGAGGCCGCCGUGGAGCAAGCGGCUCCCGAGUCGAAGCGGGACGGGGCGCCGCGCGGGGCCGGCAAGGGCUGUUGCGCGCCGCGCGUGGGCCGCCGGCGCGCCAGGGGCGCCAAGACGGCGAAGAAAGACGACCAUCGAAGAAGAGACAAGGCACACCCAUGAUCUGUUGGGGGGUCCGCGCGGACUUCUCGCGUCAGCGCUGGACCGAUAAAUCUAGGUCUCCCGCGGGGGCGCGAGGACAAUCAUGGCGCUGGCCGCGAGGGUGCCCUUCUCUAGGGCGGCAACGCGAGGACGCGAUGACCGCGAAUCGCGCCUCGCUGGGCGCGAUGCGCGAAGUUGGGCGACCCAGAAAAACCCGCGCGGACAGCCCGAAGGGCGUGCUUGUGUCGUGUCUUCUUCUUCUUCGGGCGACGAAACCUGCACAUAUCCACCGCCCCUUGGUCGGACCCAUCCUGGGCCCAUGCGCUGUGUACAUGUCGUCCUGGCAAAGCCAGAGGGGCGUG